CAAAGCAAUUCCCGUUUCAAAGUUCACGCUCUUGGGUCUAUUUCUUACUCCAUGCGAGAGUUUUAUUACCGGGCAAUGCAAUUUAGAGAUCAAAGAAGCUGAACUGAGGAUGCUACUUACAGUUUUGAGCGGUUGGCUUUACGUGGAGAAGAGGAGGCUCAGCCAGGUGUUCCCGGAAGGGGUGCGGAAACUAUGGGACGAUUGGGAGCUACGAAUACUGGUGCUCAUCAGCCUCUGCUUGCAAAUAUUACUGAUUAUGAUGGGCAACCGCAGAAAGUACAAUCCAAGAGCUUUGCUCAGAUUGUGUAUUUGGUCAGCCUACCUAAUGGCAGACUCGGUGGCGACUCUUGCGCUUGGUGUCCUCUCAAAUAAACUAGGAAAUUCCUGCACCUGUGCUGCAUCGUUAGCAACCAAUACCAACGAUGAUGAGCUCAUGGCAUUUUGGGCACCAUUUCUGCUGUUACACCUCGGCGGCCCAGACACAAUUACUGCUUAUGCUAUAGCAGACAAUGAGUUGUGGAUAAGGCACUUGCUUGGACUAGGUGUCCAGACGGGCGUGGCAUUGUAUGUCACUAUCACGGCCUGGAGUGGAACUCCGCUCUCCUUCCUCACCAUUCCCAUGCUUUUUGCUGGGUUAGUGAAGUAUGGAGAAAGGUCAUUGGCCUUGAGGUCUGCAAAUCGUGAGCAGUUUCUUGAUUCCUUGCUCAAUCCUCCCGACGCUGGCCCUAAUUAUGCAAAGUUCAUGGAGGAAUUCGCUUUGAAAAAGGUAGAGGGGUUUACUGUGUUGGCUAUUGAGGUAAUUGAGGUUGCUGAGCAGCCCGUUGCUGAGCAGCCCAUUGCUGGCAGUGGCGAGAGCAACAGUGCCGCCAAUGCAAGGAAAUUGUUGCCUGCUGCGGACAGCUUCUUCCAGAAUUUCAAGCGGCUCUUUGUAGAUCUUAUUCUUAGCUUCCAGGACCGAGAUAGGAGCCAGUCUUACUUCCAGAAUUCCACUUGGAAAAAUGCUUUUACGCUAGUUGAAAUCGAACUUGGAUUCGGGUAUGAUACUUUCUAUACCAAGGCACCUAUAAUAUACACUAUAUGGGGAUGUAUUUGCCGCUUCAUCACUUCCUCUUUCACCAUUGUAGUUUUUGUGUUCUUCCUGAUUGUUGAGAAGCACAAUCACCGGCAGAUUGAUCUCAUCAUUACUUACAUAUUGCUGGUUGGAGCUAUUCUUCUAGAAGUCUAUGCUGUCAUUUUGCUACUAUUCUCCGACAGGACAAAGCUAUGGUUGAGUAAGCAUAAACUCAAGUUUCCUGGAAAUCUUCGUUGUUUUCAACCCAUGGUCUCUAGAAUAACCUCUUGCUUUCAACCUAUCAUUUCUUGUUUUAAGCCAUUGUUUUCUAGAAUAAUCUCUUGCUUCCAACCUACCGUUUCUCGAUUGAUCUCUUAUUUUCGACCGAUUACUUCUCUAGUAAGCUUUUGUUUUCGCAUUAUUUGUAGACUGGUCUCUUCUUUUCUACCGUCUAAGGAACAGAGGUGGUCAAAUUCCUUGGCUCAAUACAAUUUGCUAAGCUUUUCCCUUAAGGAUAAGCCCGUCCCUCUUCUAGAUGAUAAACCCGACCUUUUUCAAAAGAUUGUGAAACGUUCACCUAUUUAUGACACAUUUGAGAAUCGCUGGUAUAAAAGCCAUUGCAAAAUCUCGGACGAUUUGAAAAGGUUGAUCUUCGAGCACUUCCAGAAGAAAUCAAAGGUCAAGAAAGAAAAAACAGAGUAUGGCAAAUAUAUCGCGUCUUUAUGUAGUGCCAGAGGCGGUCUUGUUUUUAAAGAAGAAAAGUAUGAAUGUUCCUCCUCAUUCGAUUGGAGCACUGAGGUAGAAUUCGACCAAAGCAUUCUUAUCUGGCACAUUGCUACUGAUCUCUGCUAUCACUCAGAUGGUGGUAAAAACAUUGCUGCCCAAAAUCCGACAUGUCAAGGGAGCAAGAACCUUUCGGACUACAUGUUGUAUCUUUUAGUCAUGUGUCCUUUCUUGUUGCCAAUUGGUAUUGGGAGGAUGAGGUUUCGAGACACUUGUAAGGAGGCCCAGGAAUUUUGCAAGGAAAAAGGCUUAUCAUCGAAAGAGAAGGAAGUCCUUCAAAACAUGUUGCUCCAAGUGAGUACUGAAGUUGAACCAACAAAGGUGAAAGGGGACAGGAGCAAAUCCGUGCUAUUCGAUGGGUGUAUGCUUGCAAAUCAAUUGCAGAAGAAAAUGGUGGAGAAAGAGAAGAAGUGGGAGUUUGUUUGUAACGUGUGGAUUGAGAUCCUGGGUUACGCUGCUAGUCACUGCAGAGGAUAUUAUCAUGCUCAGCAGCUUGCCAAAGGCGGGGAGCUCCUCACUCACGUCUGGCUUCUUAUGGCGCAUCUCGGCAUUACCGAACAAUUUCAAAUCAACCGAGGCCAUGCCAGAGCCAAGUUGGCUGUGUACUGAUGAUUAUGUUUUUCUUUUUUA